AUGCACAAGAGCAGCAAAGAAGGAACUCAAACAAUAAAGGAAAAAUAUCAGGGAAAAUCAUGAGGGCAGCAGGCUCAUUCUCAGUGGCCGUGAUCAUAUGCUUGUUAUGGUGUGGUGUUUGGGAGGUGGCUCCGAUGGCGAAGGCGAACACGUCGCCGAGCCAGUGUAAGCAGGAAGUGGGCCGUCUCCGUGAUGAAUGCAGGAGCGCUAUACUUCCAGGACGUAAUCCUUCUGCGCUCUGCUGCCAAAUUGUUAGGGCUGCUCAUGUUGAGUGUGUGUGCCCUUAUGUCACCCCCAAGGUGGCCAAUUUGAUCCCCGUCGGACGUACAAUUAAGCAGAUUGAAGGUUGUGGAAGAAGUGUCCCUCGCAACUUCAAGUGUGGGAGCAUCACCACCCCGCCAUGAGCAUCAAUCCCACAAGAAUAAGUAUACUUAAAGAAUAAAACGUCUCCUUUUAUUAGCUAGCUUUCUUGCUAGCUAAAUGAUGGAUAAACUUACAUGCAAUUUAAAUUGUGAAGGGAUUUAUGUACCUAUGCUUAUGUAAUAGAGAGUGGGACGGAGGGAUACAGAUAUGUAUUACUUUUAAAAAUCAUUU